AUGCCCCCGCCCCACGGCAACAACCAUUUCUGGCUGCCCCAGCCAGACGAGCGGGACGACCUCGGCUACCCACUGGUGCACGGCGUCAUUAGAGUCGCGUACCUGUUCUCGCGGCGGUAUGCCUACACGCAGGGCAGCACCACCGCGAUGUUCGAUCCCCUUAACCAGCCGUCCGACAGCAACCCCAAGAGGCCGGUCAUCUGCCAGCUCGUCGCGGGACUCGGUGCCGAUGGGCGAAGCAAGGUCAACUCGGACGGCACGUGUCCCCUGGCGUGCGGGCCGGCGGCGGGGGAAGAUGUCAGCUUCCGUUGCUCUUCGACCAGCAAUGAACGGAACGUCGGCUCCAAGAGUGCGGCGGAGGCGGCUGGGUGCAGCCGCUUCGUGCCGAGCAUCGCGUCCUCAUCUGCGUCUCGUGCAGGGAUUCGGCCAGACAACGGCAUACGACUACACUUCCGGCGGACGCACAGUCUCAAGGGCGAGGUACUACGCCAGAUCAUCGACUACAGCUACGCCGUAGGGCCAAUCUCGAACCCGCACACCGUGCCAGUGCCAGCCGACGAUUCACCCCAUAUAGAGCAGCUACCGGUCCUAGACGGCUUCAGAUGCUCGGACUGCCGCUUCCUAACGACGAGCCGGAAGCUAAUUAGGGUCCACCGCUCGCAGUCAGGACACGAUAGUGACUGGAAGGAGGUCCGGCUGCAGACCUUAUCACCAGGGAGCCACGCUCGGUACUGGGUAGUCAAGGAAGGAACGCGCGGCAUACCAGGCUUGAGCACACAUACCGCAACCUCCUCACAGCACGCCUUACUCGAGCGGGUUGCGAGGUACGAAGAGAAUCUAGCUACGGAGCUGGAGGAGACGCGGCGGACGGUAGACAGCCGGCAGGGAGCCGACUUCGAGUCGACGUGGGUCCGCGAGAUGGGCUGGGCAAGGCACCUAGCCGGCAGCGACUUUGGCGAGCACUUCCAAGCAGGUCGGAACGUUCUUACGGCGACGGAGCGCGCCAGGCUACGCUGCGAGGCGGAUAUCUCCGAGCAGAAGCGCCUUCUCCGGCUCGGAGCCAGUUUUGACCGGCUUAUCGUGAGAGGAAUCGAACGGACAGGUCAGGUGCCAAAGGAGGUACUCCGGUACCUAGCCAGUGUGGAUCCCGACCGCCCGGCCGGUGGCCCGUUCAGGACGGAGAACGGCCAGGACACGAAGGAUCGAUAUCAGGCCUACUGGAAGCGCUACCUCUACUAUUGCGUCCGGACUGGGCGACUCGGCCGAGACGAGGCUGCAGAGAAGUUUCGGAUACGAUUCAACGAUGCCCAGUGGGCUGUACUUACGGAGAUUAUUCGGCAACUCGAUAGUAGCGAUCCGAGCGUCCAGGAUAACGAUAGGGACGACGCCUCCCUAGCUUCGUCGACCUAUAUCGGGUCUGAAGAGGCUGCGACUCCAGGGCACGGGCAGAAGGUCGCCGUCCACCUAUUCAGCAACCCGCUCCUGCACUUCACGGUCGUACUCGGGAUUAGCAGUAGCCGUAAGACCUACGCCUGGCGGCCAGCGACCGAGUUUACACCUCUUAUAGCUGGGCUCGUCUGGUGUGCCCGUCUGAUCCUACUAGACGCGAUGAUUCGGAUGAUGACGUACGGCAAGGGCUUCCGGAAAAAGGAAGGCGGUACACCACGGCUGAUGUGGGAGGAUAAUAAGGAUGCAUUACGAUACCUCGGUAAUCGCAUCCCGCUUAACGACUUCCGGGUAAUGGCAGCAAGUAUUGUGACAGACGCGGAGGAGCUCCUAGACCAGCUCAUGUUCAGGGAGUGGAUUCCGCUAAGCCAGGUCGUUGUGCUCCGCAGAAUCAAGGACAGCCUCAGCUUCGAGGGACCUGGGGCAUCAUUCGCUACGCACGAAGAUAAUAGCUGGCUAGAGCCACGCUUCCGCAGGCUAAUCGGCCCAUGUGCCACGCAGCUCUGGGAUGACGAGGCGGGAAUAUUCCGUGCGGCAAAGGUUCAGCAGUGGCUCGGUCAACUCCAGUCCUUCCGCCAGGCCUUACUUGUCAGCACACAUACGUGGGGAGGCCAGCCGGGGAGAGGGCCGGAAAUUAUAACGAUCCGGCACUGCGACACCCAGGACAUGCUCCGCAAUGUCUUUAUAUUCGACGGCCAGGUAAUGCUGGUAACGGACCGCGACAAGGGCAAGGCAAUCCGCGGAAUCGGCCGAAAGGUUGCCCGUUUCUUACCAGAUACUGUUGGGCGACUAAUGGUCGCCUACAUUCUAUGGCUACUACCGUUCGAGAGACUCCUGCUCACAGAGACGAAGGCACAGGAGCUAUCGAAGCCGCUCGACGCCUGA